AAGGGCGUCAUCCUUGGUCACUGGCGCGACUCCGACGCCGCCGAUGGUGACAAGCACGUAGUCAAGGGCUUCAUCGACUCCCGCGACCGACUUCGCACACGUGUUCAGCCCAUGAACCGCGAUGGCAAGAGUGUUGCAAACAAGUACCCGUUGAAGCCCGGCCCGGGGGCUAGCUGGGUGACCUUUCAGAACAUCGUCUUUGACGACCACCUGGUGCACCUCGACCAACAGCAGGUCAAGGAGUAUGUCAAGGUUCGUGCCGAGAUGUCCUCCCAAGAAACCGAAGAGGAAGCCAGGGCCAACGACAAGAGCGCCGUGCAACAGGCCAUCCAGAUCUGUCAGAGCCGUGGUCCGCUGCCCGAGAGUGGUGUGCAGCCGCUCAUUGCCUAUGGCGCCGCCGUCCCUGAGCACGCUCGUAUGGGCUGGAAGCGCCGUCGUACCGGCCACAGCGGCAUGUCGCCCACUACCCCGGAAACCCCGCCCGUGCAGCCGGCGCCCUCGACGCACCCAGUCCCCGACGACCUGCCUGGUCAUCGGCCCACCAAGAUCCUCCUCGGGUAUUGGAAGGAGUCUGCCGAGCCUCUCUUGAAGGACAAGCAUGCAGUCUUUGGCAUCCUCGGCAACAACGACAUGUUCCGCGUCAAGGUGGGCAGGGAGACCCGUGAUGGACGUGCCAUGCAGAGCAACUUUCCCCAGGGUGCUGGUGCCCUGUGGAUCAACUCUCACCAGUGGGAGCGCGAGGACUAUAUUGCCGACCUGUCCCGCGAGGAAAUCAAGGAGUACUGCCGUGUCCGCCAGUGGCAAAUCGAUCACGGCGAGCGCCCGGACGAUGUUGCCGAGAAUCGCAAGCAGGCCAUCACAGAGGCACGUCGCCGCACUGCUGCCGGCCUCAGCAAGUCGACUUCCAAGCCCAACGGCGUGAGCGCUCACCACGAGGCUCCGGCCCACGAGACUCGUCGUGCCAUUGCCCGCCGCAGCGGCGGUCCUCCCAUUUACCCCAACCCCCCUGGCACUCGCCCUGGCUCGUCCCCACAGACGCCUUCCUUCCGCGCCGCCAACCGCUCUUCUUCGUCGCACACUGUCGAUCCUCGCCUUGAGCGGGCCAGCAGCCUCGCCCUCAAUGCCGUCUCUCGAAUCGAGGCAACCCAGGCCAAGGUCGAGGAGCGUGAUGCUCACAGGGGCCCACCCAGCGGCGGCCCUCAUGGAGGUCCCAGUGGCCCUAAUGAUGGCGGCGGCCCUCCCGCCCAAGGUGGAGACGCCUUCCGCGAGAGCAUCGGCCGCCUCAACAACGUCUGGUCUGCCCAAGAGGCCCACCGCAUCCGUACAGGCAAUGAGGAUGCCAAGAUCCACAUGGGCGUCAAGUACGAGCGCAAGCGCAACGGGCCAUUCGCCGGCAAGCUUGUCUCCCAGGGUGCCAUCAUCAGCAUCGACGGCGAGGAUUACGUCGAGUACCGUGUCCUGACUAAGCCAACUUUCAUCUAA